CCUUGCCGGCUCACAAGUUGCGGGCGAGGCGAACCGAGUCGCGGGUUCAGUCGGUACACGAGCGUGAUACGGAAUGAACGUGUGGUGCGUUUUGCGCGGACGUUGACUUUGCGGUUUAUAUUUUUCUUGCGCUUACACAGCCAGAAUUUGGAACCGCUCCGGAAUAUUAUCGGCGAACAAAAAGUUUUAUUUAUUAUAUUAUGAUACCGUUCGCGUAAAGUUUUGACCGGCAUUUGUGAUUUUCCGUAUAGACGCAAAAAGUGAGGAAGACUUUUCGAAACAAAGAACAGUUUUGUACAUUUUCGCACUGUCUGCGAAACUGUGUUCAAAAAUUUAUUCGGCUGGCCCAAUCGUGGAGCAAACAAUAAAAAAACAUUGCCCUCGGCCAACUAGUUCGGACUCAGUCUGUGGUCAUCGAACGAAAAACAAAAACGCAACGAUAUUCUUGAAUUAUUUUCAUUGCCCGUUUACAGACAGUUUACAAAAAUUCUCGUCGAAAUUAUCGUGAACAUUUUAAUAUUUGCAAAUUGAAGUGGAAUACUUGACCUAACCCGUGCUGAGUGAGUAAUCAAGAAAGAAACGCAAAUCAAUUACCAAAAUCUGGAUCGGAAUUAGUGCCCUUUGGUGAACAAUGUCUACUGCUAUAAUGCCUCCGUCUGCGCUGUUCGAAUAUGGUGAUCUGUUCUUGAAGAACCAAACCCGGCCAGUACAGACGAUGACGGGCACGAUGACGGGCAACCUCGGCCCCGCGGGCGCCACCAACAUCGGCGGCGGCUGGGAGCAGCACCCGGUGCUGGCGCGCGCCGCCUCCGUGCCCGCGCAGCUCGCCGGCCUCCUCAACAGCCUCGGCCACCGCCGCCUCGAGCGCACCGCCAGCGACCCCGCGCCCCCGCCGCCCGCCACCAGCAGAUACAAGACCGAGCUCUGCCGGCCCUUCGAGGAGGCCGGCGUCUGCAAGUACGGCGACAAGUGCCAGUUCGCCCACGGCGUGCGCGAGCUCCGCAACCUGCAGCGCCACCCCAAGUACAAGACCGAGCUGUGCCGCACCUUCCACUCCGUCGGCUUCUGUCCGUACGGGCCGCGGUGUCACUUCGUGCACAACGCGGAGGAGGCGCGGCGCCGCGACCCGCCGUCCCCGGGCGGCUCGGUGGCGUCGCUGUCGUCGGGCGGGUCGCAGGCGUCCUCGUACGGCAGCGACGGGUCCCGCUCCCCGCGCUCGCCGCACUCGCCGCACUCGCCGCAAUCGCCGCACUCGCCGCUGACGCCGCAGUCGCCGCUGCUGCCGCACUCGCCGCCCUCCAUCUCCCCGCCGGCUCACGCCCCCGCCUUCCCCUUCCGCCGCGUGCACUCGCCCGACCCCGAGGAGGAGCGGCUGCCUGUCUUCAACCGCCUCUCCUCUGCGUUCGGCGACCUCGUCAUCGCCUAACCCCCGUCGACUAGUCUCUAAGCGAACGAAUCCAGCGUAGCUUCUAAGGUCGUCCGUCACCCUAGUGCCUUCUCGUCGUCUUCCAGAUCGCGCUCCUCGGCGCGCGUCGCGUCCGCGCCCGCUCAACGAAUGAUCUCCGGGAUACCGAUGCUCUCCUCUGACGCACUUGACGUAGUAUUUCAUAUUUGUAAUAUAGUUCCGUACUCUCGCGUCUCGAAAGUUUGCUGGUUUAAAGUUUUUAGUCGUCGGCACGCACUUGUAAAUGGCACCUUAUAUUAUUUAGAUAUUUAUUGCCUGGCUCGUGGAAGUCCUCCCGAUGCGAUUCUCCGCCGAGCGAUGGUCUCUGUAAAGUUAGCUCGUAGAACGUUUAUUUAUUUUGUCCCGCCCGAACGCGCUCGGCAACGUACCGCGAGAGGGCGCUCGUGAUCUAUUUUUAAGAAUUUAAGGUAAUAAUUUAUUAUUUAUUUCGAGUCUCUUUAAAUAUAAUUUUUAUAUAGAUGGUAAACUGCGAUGCCGCACUGCACGCGGACUGCGCACGCGUCGACGAGACGGAAUCCGCUCGGAUCGGCCGGACACCACUCCGAUCGGAACACCUACGAGGCCGAUCGAAACUCGGGAGAUAGACGACGAACUUUCGUGCCCACCGCUGCCAAAUCGAUAUCAAGUCGAGCGGCUCCGCCGAUUCCACCUUGGCGAACAUAAUUUACGCUGCAAAAUGUGAUAGGUAUCGAGCGGCGCUUAUCGGAGCGGGUCGACCCCGCUAGCCGUAUCAAUCAUCCGAAGCUCAUUUAAAAAUUACUAUCGGUCUGAUCCUGCGGCGCGCCGCCCCGCGGCCGCGUCUGCGAGGAUUUUUCCUUUUUGCGUCGAGCGAGCGAGCCCAAACCAGUUUGGAGCUUUCGGUGAUCGUUUUUUCCAUCCUCGCUCGAGUUCGAUACGGCCCUCUCGCUCGACGCCGCACACAAAAAACACUGAGCUCCCGAGCCCGUCUAUCUCCCGAGUUUCCUCAGAUAAUAUAUUUUGUAUUAUAUAACUUAUACUGAAAUUAGCGUAGGACCACGAUACGGGGGUGCGGCGCGGCACUCUACCGGGGCUUCCAGUCGCGCCUCCCCCCCGCUACCCUCACAUGAGUGCCUUUUACUAUGUAAACAAAUCGGAUAUAUUUAAUUUUUAGUUGAUCGAGAUAGAAUGUUUUUUUUAUUUAUUGUCUAUUCCGAAUAUCGUAUUCGAAUCGGCGCAGUUACUACUUUUGUACUUUGACAGAACUAAGCGAUUAGUUUCGAGGUAGAAUAGAUUUUUUUUUGAAUUGAAAGUGUGAUAUUUUGUAAUAUUUAUACGAGAAAGUUUAACGUUUUAAUUAAGGGACCAAUUAAAUGAUUAGGAGAAAUUCUGAUAGAAAGAGUGGGAUACGCUUUGAUAAUAUAUUACCACGAUACUGUAUUAUUCCCGUGUUGUAGUACACAGAUGUAUUUUUGUAUAUUGAUCCAUGUGUCAAGCAAUAAAAAUUCAUUGCUAAACCGUUUCUUAUUUAGUGUAAGAGAGCUAGCUAGAGGUGGUAGUGUACUCUAUAUUAUUUAUUUUCAGUUUUUCUCCGUCUCGGUCGUAGCAUGGUGACCACAGAAUAUUAAUAAUUUUGUACCUAAUUUUAAGUAUUUAGUGGUAAGCGUUUUUCAUAAAUUUCGCGAAUAUUAUUUAUUAUCAGUUCAUUACGAAUUAUAAACCAUUUAAGCUGAUUUAUUUAAUUUUUUAUUUAAACGGACAUAAAAUCCUACAAUUUAUUGUAACUUAAUGUUAGAUUAUAUAUCACCAGUCAUUUAAUAUAACGGACAUUAGUUUAGUUACUCUAGUACCUAUGUCAGUUGUAAUUAAGUAUUUAAUUUUUAUUUUUAAUUUAAUUCCAAUCGUAAGUUAACAUUUCAAAAGAAAUUGACUAUUGUAUUUUCUUACGUACAAAAAAAUUAAGCCUAAAGCUUGUUUAUGACAUUUUCUUGUAAGUUUUCCUUAUUUCCAUCUGCAUUUCUAUUGAAUUAUAGUCAAAAUAUGUUAAUUU